AUGGCCUUGACUGUUGAGCAAUGCACCCGUAAAGAAUUCAAAAUUAUCCAAUACAUUGGAGGUUUCCCAGACUUGAAUGAUCUUCCCGACGAAGUCAUUCAUAACAUCUACAAUUUUCUUCCGUUCCAUUCAAGACAAUGUUGCCAGGCAAAUGUGUGCACUAAGAACAAAUGGACCUUGAGGAAUGUUGGAUACUAUACAGCUGCCAAAAAAUUUUAUACAUUCAUCCUUGGGAAAUCCAAGUAUUGGGUUGAGGACUUCAAGUUCUAUGCCAAUAACGUUCCAUUUGAUGAAUGGUCGCUUUCGAAACUAAAUUAUAAUAAGGUAGAGCUGGUUUUCUGCAACUCUUUGAAGUUAAAGGAUGUGAUGACGAUGGUGAAAACAGGAGUACCGGAAAUAUUAAUUUCUAUCGAGCCGGAUGAUUAUGAUGUCGACACUGUGACAAUUUUACCCGAAAUUUUGGAACUGCCGGCCAAGUGGAUUAAGGGCGAACUUCACCAUGAUUUCGAAACUUUGCAUAUUGAAAUCGAUUGCGAGUUUAAUGUGGAUGUCAUAUACCACAAUAUUAUUGAACAGCAAUUAGAUGAUUUUGGAACAUUGGAAUACCCUGGAGAACUAAUUCAAAUGAUGAAGUUCUUGAACAAAGAAAGAAAUAAGGCGGCUGCAUUGUCUGUGACAACCGAAGCUGUGAAGUUUCAAGUUUUCGCCAUUCUUGAUGACUGAAUCGGCAUGCAACCAAAUUCUCCAUACUAUCCACCACCGGUACCAGGACAACCGCGACCAUACGGCGCGCCACCAAUUGGAGCUGGUGCUACACCCAACUAUGUUCAAACUGGUUAUUUUCCGCCAAAUCAAGCGCCCCCUUUGCCAAAUCAAGGAUACUCGCCGUACCAAAACUCGUCAUAUCCAUCAAAUCCGGGACAGUUCCCGCAACCUUUGCCCGUCCCAGGACAGCCAAUGCCGUAUGUAAAUCCAAUGAACUCCAAUCCAACACCAAGUCCAUUCGUUCCACCGCCACCCCCAGGAAACUACCCAGGAUACCCACGUCAAUACUAA